AUGGCGGAUCACGACCGCUACAAUGACAGCUCCUAUGCGGAGGGCCGCCGCAACGAUCUUGCUGCCGCUGACGGCAUCCGAUCUCCAAAUUAUGGAAUAGUAGAUGCCCCCAGAGACGCUGACGCAGGCAUGAUGGGUCACGAGAAGGCUCCUGCCGGCAGCGAUCCAUCUCUGCCAAGCUACAACAAUAGCCGCGACUCCUGGCAGGCAACUGAGGAGAGGAAGGCGACUCUCGGCGUCGACGGCGGUCAAGCUCAGAACAUCUUCAGCUCUGGGGAGAAGAACUACCGCACUGUUGGACGUUGGAUGGCCGGCAUCAUUUUAAUCACAAACCAAGUCGGAAUCGGUAUUCUGUCACUCCCCGGUACCCUCCAAACUCUUGGCAUUGUCCCCGGAGUCAUCGCCAUCGUCGGCAUUGGCCUCCUCUCGACUUAUACGGCCUAUGAACUCCUGCAGCUAUACCGGAGGUAUCCGCACUGCGUCAACAUUGUCGACAUGUGCAAGGUUGUUGGCGGCAAACCUCUCGAAAUUGUGGGUGGUAUCGCUAUGAUCAUCAACAUUUGCUUUACAUGCACAUCUGCUACCGUUACCGUUUCUAUCGCCCUUAAUACCAUGUCCGAGCACGCGAUCUGUACGGCUGGCUUCAUGGGCGUCACCGUCGUUGCCUUCUGGCUUCUCUGUCUACCGAGAACUUUCGCCUUCGUCGGCCAGGUCGGCAUCCCUGCUACCAUUUCUGUUCUCGCAGCUGUCCUCAUCGUCAUGAUCUCUCUCGGGGUCGCUGACCCCCAGGGCGCCCCGAUCCCCUUUGAGAAAGAAGUCAAAGUUGUCGGCAACCCGACGUUCCGUGAAGGUCUUACCUCAUGCCUACAAGUCGCAUAUGCCUAUGCUGGCAACGUCGGAUUUCCCAGUCUUCUUGCUGAGAUGAAGGACCCUUCGAGCGACUUCCUCCCAGGCCUUGUAAUCCUGCAGUCCUUCUCCAUUCCGCUCUAUAUCAUCGUCGCCGUUACGAUCUACUGCCUGGCCGGCCAAUACACUACGAGUCCGUCGCUCGGUUCGGCGCCGCCUGUUCCCGCCAAGAUCGCCUACGGCGUCAUGCUUCCCUGUCUUCUCGCCACAGGUGUCGUCUUUGGCCACACGGCAAUCAAGUUCAUGUACGUCACGGCCAUGCGCUGGCAGAAGGCUACCGACCAGCUCACUUCCCGCAAUCUGCGCUCAUGGGGCUCCUGGGUCGGCUGCGCAACCAUCUUUUGGCUGCUGGCCUUCAUCCUCGGCAACAGCAUCCCCGUCUUCGACUCCAUCCUGUCCAUAUCCUCGGCCACUCUCAUUGCAUGGUGGACGAUCGGCAUCAGCGCCAUCUUCUGGUUCCAUCUCAACCGGGGCCAAAUGUUUGCCAAUUGGCGCAAGAUAGCGCUCUUCGUCCUGAACGUGCUCAUCAUCGUCAUGUCGCUGUUUAUGAACUCUGCCGGCAUGUGGGCGGCCAUCAUGGGCCUGUUGGAUGUCUUCAACAAUGAGGAGAAUGAGAUUCGGGGCCCGUUCACUUGUGCGAAUAAUGCACUCUUUUAA